UUAUGCUUCAUGGCUUCCAGUUUCCGCCCCUGAUUCAAGGCUUUUCUUCGAUCAUGUUUUCCGCUUCUUCUUCCAAAUGGUUCAAAAAUAUUUGUUCAAGAAAUAAAGGAACACAUCAAAGACAUUGAAUAAUCGCAAGUUUUGGAUACUCAACGAUCUAUUUUCAUUUAUCAGGAUUUAGGAGUGGAAAGCAAAAUGUCCGAAGACGAAGAUACAACUAUAUUAUUAAACACUACCAAUCGUAAUUCUGAACCCCUUGUAAUCAAAUCAACAAUCAAAGAGUAUGAAUAUAUUCCACCUAAAAAGCUUCGAAAGCCAAUACCAAGACAUACAGAAAAUUUGACACCAUUAGUUACAGAGAAUCAAAGUGUUUUAGUAUCAAUUGUUGCUACAAUAGCUGGUAUUGCAUUUGGAUAUGAUAUGGGCAUUGGUAGACAAAUUGCUCCAUUAGUAAAAAGGGAAUUUGGACUUGACUGCAAUGAAGAAAAUAUGAUCGUUAAUGUAUGGUUUAUUGGAUGUUUAUUAGGAGCAAUUGUAGGUGGUUUAGUCAUUGAUACUUGUGGGCGGAGAUGGACAAUGAUUUCAUCUCUUAUCUUUUUAACGUUUGGAUCAAUGCUAUCUGCACUAGCGAACCAUUAUGUGUUAUUUUUAAUAGCAAGAAUAAUUUGUGGGUAUUCUGGAACAGUAUCAGCGAUGGCUCAUUGUAUUUACAUGGCUGAAGUUUCCAAUUUUAACAAACGUGGAUGUAAUAUAACAUUGCAUCAAGUAGGAGCAGCAGCUGGUUUACUUUUUGCAGUCAUAGCAACAGCUAGUAAAGAUGAGGAUUACCAAUGGAGGUUUGCUGUUGGGGUUACAUCAGUACCUGCUAUGUUUACUUGUAUCACCACAAUCAUAUUUCUUCAGAGAUCACCUUCAUUUUUAUUACUAAAAAGAGUGGUUAACGUUCCUAGAGUGCCAGUGAAAAAUUCUUGGUGUUAUGUUUUUGAGACACUCAUUGUCAUGAUGGUAAUGCUUGCUCUCAGACAGGGAACUGGAAAACAGCAAGUUCUGUUUUAUGCACCACGACUAUUUGCCAUUUUAGGAAUAUGCUCAAAUAUUGCUAAAACUACAUCCAUGAUUGCUCUUGGAAUAGUUAGAGUUUUCAGUACUAUAUUAUGUCUGAUUGUUGUGGAAAGAUGCGGUCGUCGAACAGCAUUGAUAACUUCGGCGACUAUUUGUAUGACAUCGGUAUCUCUUUUAUCUUUAUUAGCUACACUUGACCGAGGUGAUGAACUAUUAAACUUCCCUAAUGAGCCGUGUACUAUGGUAUCACACAAUAACUUUGGAAAUGAGUUUUUCAAUAAGAUGAAAUCUAUUUCCCCAACUGAUUCGCCACCACCUUUUCCAUUUUUGCCUACACCACUAGCCAUAACAGCUCCCAAUACUGAAACGUGGACCCAAGUAAAAGCCUCGUGUGAGAUGCAAAAUAUCGUUACUACUGAUGGACUUACUGGAGGAUUGAAGAUUCUAGCUGUUAUAACUCUACUUGUAUUUGAAUCAGCUUAUGCAUUGGGAUUAGGACCUGUACCUUUAUUGACCCUAAGUGAAGUUUUUCCAGCAGCUAUUAGAGGAAAAUGUGUGGGUUUUUCUGUGGUAAUUCUAUGGAUUGUUCAUAUGUUACUCUCAGAAUCUAUUGGGAGAAUGACCAGAGCUAUGACUUUAGCAGGCACAUAUUUAUUCUAUAGUUUCAUGUGCCUUAUUGCAAUACUAUAUGUAUUCUUAAUCUAUCCUGAAACUAAAGGCAAAUCAUUGAAUAGAAUUGCCCAAGAAUUGCGAAAAAUUCCUUUGGCCACUCGUAUAUGCAAUAACAUGCGAAGUUUACCUACAAUUUGUCACAUAGAAUGGAUUAUCAAUUUUGGAGAAAAGGCAAAUCAAAGCACACCAAUAUAAGAACGAUUUGGAAGUUUCAUGAACUACGGCUUUCGAUCAAAUCAUCGAUGUGCUCUUGAACUCGUUAUCUCAAUUGGCAGCUUUAAAAUUGUUGGUAAAUUAUUAGUUAGCAUUGGCAGCAUUAUUAUUCAAUUUAAAUCAAGAUACGAAAAUACUAAUGUAUUCAGUAAUAUCUUUGGUAUCCCAAACAAUUGAUAGGUAUACCUAUUUUAAUUGUUACUGUAUAGAAAUUGAAAUGGCUUUUCUAAAGUCUUCCCAAUAUUUACGUUAAAAGUUGUGCAUAAAUUAUUAAAAAUUGUAUAUAAGCAGACAUUUAUUUUCAAAUUAAUUGAAAUAGAAAAGAUACACGACAUGUAUUGAAUACCAAAUGCUGAAACAUGUGUUCUACAAACUGCAAAAACUAUUUAGAAAUUUGUAAUUUCUUUAAUUUAAACAUCGCCAAACAUUUAAUUAGGAUGACAGCAGAUAUUUCAUUGUCAUUUGGAAAUUUAUGGUGAAUUCAUACAAAUAUGUUGUAAUUGUCAAUAGCUACAAUAACUGACAUUAAUUUUGACAAUCUGAGAAAGUAAUAAUUACUUGAUAUAUGUCUAGAGUUCAUAUUAAGUAUUAUAUCUUAAAAUACUGUUAAUCACUGUUAAGGUUUUAAUAAAUGAAUAAUAAGCGUUAAAUUGCAAAUACAUACAGUAAAAAAAAAAUAUACUUAAUACAUUAAGUAUUAGAUCGAGAACAUUUAAGAAAGUAAGAUUUAUACAGCUAAUACUUUGAAUGAUAAUAAAAAUCAAAACUUGAAGAUUUUAAUUUGAAAAUUUUAUCUCGGGGAUGUACAACAAAAAAAACAAUUUUGUAAAUAUGAGUAUGUACUUAAGUGAAAAAUUUAAUAAUUGCGUAUGUUUUUUAUACAUUUUCUGUAGGUAUUAUAUUAAAUCAUUUCAAAUUUUUUGUUUUUACAUUAAACAUAAACUAGUCAUUAUGUGUAUUUGAAAAAAGUAUAUGAAAUAGAAAUAUUUUACAAAUCAUGAUAGAUAACGAACUAAUGACAUAAAUGACGUGGAGAUUCAAAUAUUAUUCAGGAGAAUAUGAGGAAUCAAUUUAUCUACACUGCCUAAUUUUUACUGAAUUGUUUUAAGGUCUACAUAAGAGAAAUUUUAGAAUAAGCUUUUAUUACAAGUAAUGGUUUAUACAUUUUUAAAAUUAUUAAUUCUAAAAAUAAUGUUUAUUUUACUAGCUAACCUUUUUAUGUAAAGAGAAAAAAACUCACAAAAAAUUUUGUCAUUUUAAAUUAGUUUAUAAAAUGUAGUAUAUAACAUAUUAAAUAUAAAUAUAUAUAAGAAUAUAUUAUAAAGGUUAUGAUUAUAUAUAAACAAAUUGGUCGUAAAUUAUAUCUUUUCAUUUCGAUGAUAAAUCGAAGUUAAUAGACAUUAAGAAGACUUUUAAUGUAAAAAAAGUGAAAUAUUAUUUUAUGUGAUCUGUAACAUGUAUCGCUAAAAUAACUUAUGAUCCUAGGGAUCUCUUUAAUA